GGGGGGUGACUCACAUUUAAAGGGGUGUUGUGUGGAAGUUAAAGCGAUGGAUGUGCGGAAGGAGACCACGGCUGAGAUAAGUGACAGAGCUUGAGGAAGUCCUUUUGUCUCGGUCAACGGGGACACCAAAGGACCAGCAGGUGUACCUCCUUCUAGACGUCUUUGUCGAUUCCUUCGGGUGACCCGAGAACCUCGUUUCUGUGGCGGCGUGAGAAUGUGAACGGCAGCGAGGGAGCUGAUGGUUAAUGGGGGUCGGGGGUUGUCUUUCUUGCGGCGCAGGGGGACCAUGGUGAUGCUGAAGAUCUCCGCUUUCCUCGUCGCCUACGCGCUGGUCAUUUGCCAGAUGUACUGCUCACAAGCCGCCCCCGCCAGACCGGUCUUACAGUCCAUGUCGGACCGAGUCACGCUCACGGACUACGAGGCGCGAAGGUUACUCAACGCCAUCGUCAAGGAGUUCGUGCAGAUGACGGCGGAGGAGCUGGAGCAGCAGGCGACCGAAGGAAACAGCAUGGACAGGCCUCUAACCAAGCGGUGCUCCAACCUCAGCACCUGCGUGCUGGGCAAACUGUCUCAGGAGCUGCACAAGCUGCAGACGUUCCCCCGCACGAACGUGGGAGCCGGAACGCCCGGCAGGAAGCGCAGUGCGCCCGAGAGCGACAGCUAUGCAAGCUACGGCGAGACGUUUGACAGCAUCUGAGCCGCUCCUCUUCUACCUUUACUGCAUCUCCUCCUCUUCCUCCUCUUCCUCAUCCCCCAGUCUCUUCCUUAUUGUUUUUUUUUUUUUUUUUUGGAUUGGCCAGUGCAUGUUGAUUCGACCUGCUUGAUUGACACGAGAAGAAUAUGACCUCUUAAGGGCAAACAAAGCCUUUUGUUUUUUGGUUAUUAUCUCUUCCCUGCUUGUUCUUUUUUUUUUUUUUGGGCAGAGAAUGAUUCGUCCCAAAAUAAUGUUCAGACAAUCGAGACUUAAGUUUGUGUGAUUCAGAAGCCGGUUCAGACAUCCAUCUCUGUGUACUGUGCGUUAAAAGAGUCACUUGAUGGCAUUUCAAAGCCCCUGAAACGUAAAAAAAAAAAAAAAAAACACAUUAAUAAACGAUGCACUCGUUGCGACACCAUGUUUCUUGUUCAAUAAACGUAUUUUUCUACCAGGAA